GUUUUCAACCUCACAUUCAAGCAAUGGGGGUGCUCUCAUGGCUGGUGAGCGGCGUGGUGGUGCUCUUCUCGGCGGUGCUGGCCGUGGCGGUGCCGCUCAUUGACGCGCAGACGGCUUUCUCCUCGUCGCUGUACCCGGCCCAGCUCGUGGAGCUCAAAAGCUGGUACGCUGAGCAGUAUGGUGACUAUUUGAUGAAGGAGAAGCCGGGCUUCUUUCUUGGCCUCGUAUGGGUUGAGAUUCUCUUGCUCUGGCCCCUCUCCAUCGCCAAUGUCUAUGGAAUCCUCUCAGGCAAGCGCUGGGCUGCAACCACAUCGCUCAUGACUGGCGUCUCCGCUGGGACCUCCAUGGCUGCACUGAUGGGGGAGCUAAUAGGUUCUGGUAGAGCUUCAAACAAGCUGCUGCAAAUGUAUUUCCCAUUUGUGUUCUUUGCCAUCUUUGCCGUUAUUCGAGGAUUAAUGCCCUUAUUUGAGGAUGAUGCUGCUCCUGAAGACUCAAAUAAUUCGAAGAAGAGAGAUUAACUACCCUGGAAGGUGUCUUCAUUGUUGUACUUUAAUUUUAUCCUGCCAUUAACCUUAAGUUUCGAUCCAAAACUUUAUUGAUGAGUAAGCUUUGGUCUUGUAUGAUUUGCAGCAACUGUUUGGUGUUUUGUUUGAAUGCCUUGUAGACUUAUGGUCAAUAUGAAUAAAUUUCUUCGUAUAA